AUGAGUUCUUGGAAAUGCCUUGCUUUCAUUUUCCUCAGUCUGACUAAUCUUUUUGGUUCCGUUAAAUCCCAGUAUAAUCCAUGUGGACAGAAUGGUAAUUACACGAGUAAUAGCACUUACAGAGCUAACCUUAAUACCCUUCUCUCCUCCUUCUCCUCUAAUAUUGAUUCCAAUGGAUUCUACAACGCCUCCAUGGGAGAAAAUUCUGAUAGAGUUAAUGCCAUUGCACUCUGUAGAGGAGAUGUUCAGCUUGAUACAUGCCGUAGUUGUAUCAAUAAUGCCACACGCUCUAUUGUACAGUCGUGUCCUUAUCAAAAACAGGCGAAUUUUUGGGGUCCACGUGAUUGGUGCAUGUUACGUUAUUCUAAUGAGUACAUAUUCGGAACACUUGCAACUUCCCCCAGCUUUUAUCGCUGGAACAUAAACAACGUCACAAGUCAGGAGGAGUUCUACCGGGAUUUGAGAACAUUGUUGGACAAUCUACGUGGCCGGGCGGCUAAUGGUGGUUCCCUUAAGAAGUUUGCUUCUGCGAAUACGACUGGACCAGAUUUUUUGACAAUUUAUGCACUUGUACAGUGCACCCCUGAUUUAACCUCGGAGGAUUGUAGUGAUUGCCUGACUCAGGCUACCCAAUAUAUACCACAAUGUUGUAAUAGAAGUCCAGGAUUUGGUUUCUUCUCCCCUAGCUGCAUUCUUCAGUACGAAACCUAUUCGUUUUAUAAUGAUACUUCUCAGUCGGCACCACCACCACCACCACCACAACCAGUACCGGUACCACCAAUACCGGUACCACCAGGAAAUGAUGAUAAUACAACUCGAACCAUAAUCAUUACUAUUGUUGCAAUUGUUGCGGGCCUAAUACUUGCUCUUUCCAUUGGCAUCAUCAUAAGAAUGAGACGAAAGAGUAAACCACAAGAAAAAUAUGAAACUGACAAUGAGAUAAGUACCGUUGAAUCCCUCCACUAUGACUUUGGUGAGAAAGUUUCUUGA